GAGACCGCAGAACUACAGCCAUGACUGAAGCUGAUGUAAAUCCAAAGGCCUACUGCCUCGCAGACACCCACCUCACCGAGAAACUAUUGGACCUUGUUCAGCAAUCGUGUAACUACAAGCAACUUGAGAAGGGAGCUGAUGAGGCUAUCAAAACCCUCAACAGAGGCAUCUCUGAGUUCAUUGUGAUGGCUGCAGAAGCCAAGCCCCUGGAGAUCAUCCUGCACCUACUGCUGCUGUGUGAAGACAGGAAUGUCUCCUAUGUGUAUGUGUGCUCCAAGCAGGCCCUGGGUUGGGCCUGUGGGGUCUCCAGGCCUGUCAUUGCCUGUUCUGUCACCAUCAAAGAAGGCUCACAGCUGAAGCAGCAGAUCCAAUCAAUUCAGCAGUCCAUUGAAAGGCUCUUAGUCUAAACUGGUGGCCUUUGCCACACCCUCCCUGUUGACUCCUCCCCCAGAGGUUGUGUAU